AUGCUGCUGCCGGGACCCGCGCGCCCGCCGCCCACGCCCCAGCCCGCGCAGCAUCCCGGCCUCCGCAGGCAGGUAGAGCCGCCGGGGCAGCUCCUGCGCCUCUUCUACUGCACUGUCCUGGUCUGCUCCCGGGAGAUCGCCGCGCUCACGGACUUCUCCGGCUACCUGAGCAAACUCCUGCAGAACCACACGGCCUACGCCUGCGACGGUGCCCACCUGACCCUGCGGUGCCCGCGGCACUCCGCCAUCAGUGUGCAGUCGGCGUUCUACGGGCACGGCCACCGAGCGUGCGGUGCGCAGCAGCCCGCCGCCCAGAGGGAGGACGGCCUCACCUGCGUGGCACCCACCACCUUCCAGAAGGUGUUGGACGAGUGCCAGAACCAGCGGGCCUGCCACCUCCUGGUCAACAGCCGCGUGUUUGGACCCGACCUUUGUCCAGGACGCAGUAAAUACCUCCUGGUGUCCUUUAAGUGCGAGCCUAAUGAAUUGAAGAACCAAACCGUGUGUGAGGACCGAGAGUUGAAACUGCACUGCCACGAGUCCAAGUUUCUCAACAUCUACUCCGCCACCUACGGCAGGAGGGCCCAGGACCGGGACGUGUGCGCCGCGGAGGCCGAGCGGCUGCCCCCCUUUGACUGCCUGUCUUACUCGGCUCUGCACGUCCUGUCCCGGAGGUGCUACGGGAGGCAGCGAUGCAGGGUCCUGGUCAGCAGCCAGCAGUUUGGGAGCCCCUGUCUGCCAGGCGUGAAGAAGUACCUCACCGUCACCUACGCCUGCGUUCCCAAGAACAUCCUCACAGCGAUCGAUCCAGCCGUGGCCGACGCGAGCCCUGCCCCGGAGCAGAGAGAUGGUGGCUAUGGUGUCAACAUUGACCCGAGCGGAUCGAGGGUUCCGAAGAAAGACGGGGUUCUUGUCAGCAACUCUCUGGCAGCCUUCGCGUACGUGCGCGCCCACCCCGAGAGAGCGGCCUUGCUGUUCGUGUCCAGCGUCUGCAUCGGCCUGGCACUCACGCUGUGCACCUUGGUCAUCAGAGUGUCCUGCGCCAAGGACCUGCAGAAGCUGCAGCUGGCGAGGGAGCGCCUGGCACCGGGACGCGACGAGGCCGAGGAGGACAGCGCGGACGCCGAGCAGGGCGAGGACUCCUCCGACUCCGACUUCCCGGGGGAGCCGCCGGGGUUCGGCUGGGCCCCCCAGCCCGCGUACACGUCCGUGGAGACGGCGGAGCUGGCGGAAAGGAUCGAGCGCAGGGAGCAGGUCAUCCGGGAGAUCUGGAUGAACAGUGGCCUGGACGCCUCGAUGCCCAGGAGCACGGGCCCGUUCCACUGAGCCGGGCGCGCGCGGUGCCGUCGCACCUGCGAGCGGGAGCCUGUGCCCGGGGCCCG